GUGCGCGCACUCGUCUGUCGCGUGGUGGGGAUCAUCCAUAUUGCUGCUGCUGGUGCUGAUAAGGUUCUAAUCCUAAGAGGCCGUUGGACACAUUUAUUCGCGUUUUUCUCGUAUAUUUUGUCUCUCGGUGCUGACCGCUCCGCACCCCGGGCCGAAACUAUUUGGGUCUCGGAGCGAAAGAGGAGCGGUAGGCCCCCGUGGAGCAACUUCACACUUCCCUGAAAUUGAAGGCGGAUUCGGACUAGUGAGUAGGGGGGAAGGAAGGGAUUGUUAAAUCCUUAGAAGGGGGUGGGAAGGAAGACGGUGGUGGGGAAAUGGCCACUCAGGUGGAGGCUCUUCUGCCGGGAAACCCUCUUGCCAAGGCGGAGGAGCAUGGCAAAGUGAUCCACGGCGAGCCGGUGGAAGUAGCAGAGGAGGAGGAGGAGGAGCUGCAGCGGGCCAAGCGAGGUGUCGCGGACAGCGGCGCCGAACUGGGAGGGAACACCGGCGGCGAGGGGCAGAGCUCCAAACGGGCGACGGAGCUCCAGCAGGACGAGGACAGCAGUGACAGCGGGGACAAGCUAGGCGAGGGUAAAGGCAGCGGGGGGAGGAAGGAGUUUACUGAAGCUCCCCCGCCCAAGGUGAACCCGUGGACCAGGAAAAUGAACGCGGUGACCGUGGUCAGCGUGAACGGACAGACACACACCGAGUCAAGCGGUCCUGCCAAAGUGGUCAGAGCGGGGAUUCCACCCAAAGCGAGACGUGGAGGAAAGGUUGGAGACUUUGGCGACACAAACAGCUGGCCCACUCCAGGAGAAAUUGCAACUAAAGACAUGCAGAUGGAGGUAGUGGGACAGACCGUGUCCUGCCCGCCGCCUCUCAGGCAGGUCAGAGACUCAUGGAGAAUCACUGGCCCUAAAAGGUCAACGGCUAAAAAGGAAACUAAGGAGAAGAGGGAGAGCAACGAGGAGAGCAAGGAAAACCUGAAAGCCAAGUCAGACGACUCCGGAGAGGAGAAGAAUGGAGACGACGACUCGCAGAAAAAUGGGCCCAAGAAGAAAGGAAACAAGCAGAAGUGGGUUCCUCUGAUGAUCGACGUGAAGCCAGAGGGUCCCAGGGAGCGCUCGGCCUCCAGGAACAACAGCAGACAGAACGAACACCAGCGCCUUCCUCCCAACGCCAGGAACGACCUCAGAGACUGGCACAGUCAAAGGUACGAGCGGGAGUGGCGCGAUGACCAUGACGAGGUGUCCAGCGUGAAGAGUGAGGGGGCGCCGUUCCGCGGAGGGUUCAGAGGUCGAGGACGUGGAAGAGGAAGGGGGCGAGGACGAGGCCGAGGAGGCAGAAGUCACUACGACUACCACUACGGCUACAAGUCGUAUGACCCGAAGGACGGACAGUACGGCCAGAAGUACGGCAACUCUGUCACCUACUACUACGACAACAUGAGCAGCAGCGAGCUUUAUUCUGUGGACCAGGACCUUCUGAAAGACUACAUCAAGAGACAGAUAGAGUACUACUUCAGCCUGGAUAACCUGGAGCGGGACUUCUUCCUACGGAGGAAGAUGGACCAGGAAGGUUUCCUGCCGGUUGGACUCAUCGCCAGUUUCCACAGAGUUCAGGCCCUCACCACAGAUGUCAACCUGAUCCUGGAGGCUUUAAAGGACAGUAAAGAGGUGGAGAUUAUCGACAUGAAGAUCCGUCGGAAGGAGGAUCCUGAAAAGUGGCCUCUUCCAGGCCUGAUGGUGCCGAACCACACACACACAGACUUCUCACAGCUCAUCAACUGUCCUGAGUUUGUUCCCAGGCAGAUGACUGAGGAGCUCAGAGGAUCCUCCAGGUCCUCCACCCCGGUGCAGCAACAGACCAAGACUGAAGCCGACAUGUCAAACCUCAAAACGAUGCCAAAGGGACUCUCUGCCAGUCUGCCCGACUUGGACUCUGAGUCCUGGAUCGAGGUGAAGAAGAGGCCCAGACCUUCGCCUGCCAGGCCAAAGGCCCCUUCGUUGCAGCAACAGAAAGAAAAAGACGAUUUGCUGCGCUCUCCGGUUCCCCAGUCUGGCUCUUCGCCCACCCCUGUUGCCUCAGGAAAUAAGGAUGGGGCGGAGCAGGACGAACCCGAGGAGCUGGACUUCAUGUUCGACGAGGAGAUGGAGCAGAUAGACGGACGCCGCAACACCUUCACCGACUGGUCGGACGAGGACUCGGACUGCGAGCUCGACGACCACGACGUCAACAAGAUCCUGAUCGUGACGCAGACGCCGCCCUACCUGCGGAAACACCCAGGGGGCGACCGCACAGGGCACCACACGUCACGCGCCAAGCUGACCAGCGAGUGGGCUAAGGUCAUCAACGACGGACUCUUCUACUACGAGCAGGACCUAUGGGAAGACAAUUACGAACCGGAGUACGCCACCAUCAAGCAAGAGGUGGAGAACUUCAAGAAGGUCCACCUGAUCAGCCGUGAACAGUUUGACUGCCUGACACCUGAACCCCCUGUUGACCCAAACCAGGAAGUCCCCCCAGGUCCCCCCCGCUCACAGCAAAUCCCCACAGACGCUUUAGCAAACAAACUCUUUGGUGCUCCAGAGCCGUCCUCUGCAGCCCGCUCUCUCCCCACCACCGUGCCUGAGUCUCCAAACUACCGCAGUGCCCGGACGCCCCGCACGCCUCGCACACCCCACCGCAAGGACCCGACCAUGACCCCACGGUUCUACCCAGUGGUGAAGGAGAGUCGUCCCGUUGAUGCAAAGACACCAAGGAAGAGGAAGACUCGGCACAGCUCCAAUCCGCCUUUGGAGUGUCACGUGGGCUGGGUGAUGGACUCCAGAGAACAUCGCUCCCGCACCGCCUCUGUCAGCUCCAAUGCCAGUCCUUCUGAAGGCACCCCUGCCCUGAGCAACAUCGGCUGCACGCCUCAGUCCCUCCCCAAGUUCCAGCACCCGUCACACGAGCUGCUGAAGGAGAACGGCUUCACGCAACAUGUUUACCACAAGUACCGCCGGCGCUGCCUCAACGAGAGGAAGCGGCUCGGAAUUGGCCAGUCACAGGAGAUGAACACGCUGUUCCGUUUCUGGUCGUUCUUCCUGCGGGAUCACUUCAACAGAAAGAUGUACGAGGAGUUCAGGCAGCUGGUGGUGGAGGACGGCAAAGAGGGCUACAGGUACGGUUUGGAAUGUUUGUUCCGGUACUACAGCUACGGCCUGGAGAGGAAGUUCAGACCGGACAUCUUUAAGGACUUCCAGGAGGAAACCAUGAAGGAUUACGAAGCAGGUCAGCUCUAUGGACUGGAGAAGUUCUGGGCCUUCCUCAAAUACUCCAAAGCCAAGAACUUGGAGAUCGACCCCAAACUGCAGGAGUGUCUGAGCAAGUUCAAGCGUCUGGAGGACUUCAGGAUCGAUCCGCCGAUAGAGGAGGGGGUACGUAGGAGACACCCGUCCAGCGGGGACGGCCGGCGCCGCCAUCACUCUCAGUCCUCGAGUCGGCCCCACAGCCAGGCGAGCGGCGCCGGUCCGGCCCCUCCUGCUACUGCUUCAGGUUCUUCGUCUAAGGACGUUGCCAAACCCACCAACCAGAACCAGAAACCCCCCGCUCCCUCUGCAGAACCCGCACCAGACGCCAAAACACUGAAGUAACUCCACAGCCGGGGACGCCAACCAUCUGCACGGAUCGACCUGACCACGCCUGCAUGUCGCCGGUUGUCUCUGUGCCACCGAAGGGGGAGGGGCUCUUAUCAAUCUUAUUUUAUUGAUUAAUUUUACCUUUUCCGAAGUUUUAAUUCGAUGCUGAAUCACUAAAGAAUGAAAGUUCUGAUGCGUUUCCUCCCCCUGCCCGCUCCGCUUGGUGAACCUGCUAACUGGAAGGUUUUUACUCCUCCUAGCUGCUCAAAGCCAUCUGGACCAAAGGGGUUCGGACCGAGCGACUAAACUUUCCAUCUGCAGGCUUUACUUUCCAUUAAGAGGCUCAACAUCAGACCUAUUUGAUUUAUUUUAUUGCUGGACUAUUAGGGGGGCACUAUUAAGGAGCCAAAUGAUGAGACUUGCUUCGACCCCUCGUUAUAAACUAGAUUGUCAAAAGUUGCCUUAUUUUGAUGGUUUUACUGCUUCCGGAUGCAUGCCCGCCUCCUUGUUACGUUUUUUCUUCACGGCUGUUUGCAGUAGCAGCCACUAGGUGGUGCUGUGGCUGCCAUGUUUUCCUUUAGAUCCCAUCCGUCUGGUUUGACAGUCUUCCACGCCUCAUUGCUUCUGUUACAACUCUGAGAUUCCUGAUGGAAGUUGGUCACCCUUCCCUCAGAAAGCAUCAUAACAAACUGAAGUGAGAACUGAAGAUGACCUCUUUCACGGUGCUCCUCCUUCAUCCAUCCAUCCAUCCAUCCAUCCCUCUGCACAUCCAUCCAUCAGCGAUGCUUAACCACCGUUGUCUGGAUUCCUUGAUGACAGAGUUGGAACCUCUACGCUUCUUUCACACAUCAGUCGCAGGCCUGAACACUAACGAGUGCGAACAGGACCAGACCGGACCGGACCUGCCGACGCCCCAGAGGAGCGGGGAUUUCAACGCCUGUGUAAAUGUGAACCGAACAGAUGAAGUGAAGCGAUCUCGGCUCCCUGCUAGCUUUUAUUGUUCAUAGAUCAGAGGAUUUAUAUGCCUUACAUGUCUUUAAAUUUUUCUUUUAAAAAUAACUUUUAAGUUCUUCCUCAUUUCAACUCGCUGUGUUUUCAGUCGUCCUUUAGAGCGGCCUCUGGUUCGAAUGGAAGAACAUCAGUUGUAACGUUCACAUCUGGUUGUAUUUAGUUUGACUACCUAAAAAAGGAGCGAAAGUGUCCAACAGUAGCAUGAGAAACUAAUCAUGAAAUCAUCAGCUGACCUUUUUUUCUUUUUUUUUUUUACCUUUAAGUAAUGUUUGAAAUUGUAAUUUUGCCAAAGCUGAAAAGUUUGAGUUUAGCUGGAGAUAAAUUAUUUUUUAAAAGUGAAACACAUUUAAAGAUUUUUCAGUUGGUUUUGAUGGUUCUGGCUUAAAGCUAAUAAAAAGCCUGAAAUUAAUUUCCUCAGAUGGUUAAAAUAUUAGACUGAAGCAAUUUAGGAAAUGUGAGAGAUGUUUGCCUCCCUAAAGGUUCUGUCCAUAUCUAGUUCAGAGCUGGUUUUGGUUCCUUUUGUUUGGGUUGGAGGCGAUCAGCCUGUGGUUCUGCUGAGGCGUUCUGGCUUUAACCGAAGCCUUCAGCUGCUCUGCACCUAUACACCAUUGGUUCUUAAAAGUUCUGGUACUGUGUGGGUACAGCUGCCCAGUUCUGCUGCAAAUAAAUAAGCUUCUCCACAAAGCCUGUCAGCAGAGCAACAUUUUUUCCACUACAUUUUUUUCUUUCACACCACUUUUCUCUGACAUGCAUGGAUACAGCAUUCUGUGAAGUGAACAACCAGAAUCCUCCUAUCAUUUGAGCCAUAACAUGCUUUUUGUUUUUUUUUAAAGAAUUUUUAUCUUUUUUCCUGAUUAAAAUUUUUGGCAAACAUAGUUUGGGGUUUUUAUCAGUUGAAGGCCAUAAUCUUCAAUAUAAACAGGAAUAUUAAUGAAUCUUAAAAAACAAAAAAAAAGUUUCAUGCUCGUGUUUUGCUGAUAUUCUAAUUGUCAGGAUGCAUCCGUAUUGCUGGUCCUCUGAUCAUCUGAAUCUCUGCCUGUUCGCCGAUCAGGUCCGCCUCACUGUUGUAAUGUUGAAGCCCUUCGUCUUGUCAGUGUUUUGUUUUUCAGUCUGGACGUAACAAUGCAUUUGUCCCUGGAUCAAAUAUGGUCUUUAUCGGAGCUGAUGGACAGAAUCUGAACAGCGACAGGAAAAGAAAAAAAAAAAAUAAGUUUUCCGGAAAUGUGGGGGCUUUAAGCUGCAGGCUUGACUGACUGACUAACCCUCUCUUCCCUUUUGAGCUCCCUCUGAUGCGACCGUUACCUGUUUGGAUGGAAAGAAUAUUUUAUUGUGGGAGUUUACAGCAUUGAACUGCUGCUGCUAGCCUCCCAUACAAACAUUAAGGGGUGCUUCCUGCUCCGUUUGCCCGGAAAGGAGAGAUGGAUUAUCCUGACUGGAGAUUGGGUGGAAUAUGGCUGCUUAUGAGACUGAAUACAAAGGACACGUUUCCAUAAAGCCAUAUGAAUAAGAACUAACUGAACCAUUCAAAAGUUCAUUUCCUUAUCCUGGGCUUCUCAUGAGGAAAAAAAAAGAUGAAAAUGAGGAUAAAAGGAACAAAAAAAUAUAUCAAGUGGAAAAAAAUGUAAAAUACUUGAAUGAGAUCUUGUAUUAUAACAUUUAAUAUUCAUAAUAUCUGCUUUGUAGGCUGAUGUGAUUCGCUAUUAGUGUUAUUUGUAAUUUGUAGUAAUUUUGCUUUUCCUUUAAUAAAGAAAAAAAAAAAACAGAAAAUGGACAAAAAAACCUUAAAA